GGCAAAGGCGGACACGGAUUCAAACCCGAUGGCGUGACUAGUUAUUGAUAUCUGCUUAAUACUCGUAUGACCCGGACGGGUUGACUAUGAUAAUUAACGCCAUCACGAGUUACCGGGAAUGCGUGCCUGUUGCAUCCUACCCCAGCACCUGCUGCCUACAUGCGCACUUUAGUCCCGUUGACGUUUUAACAACAUGCGUCAGGUUGUGUCCGGUUAACUACAUUUAUUAGCUUUAAACAGGGGUCAUUAGAGUGGACAGUGCCGCAUCUUGGGUCUAUAGCGGCAAGAUGUGUUAGGUUGGCCUCAAAGUAAGACUUUUCUCAUCAGCAUUGUACAGUUAUGUAGUCAGUGAUAGUAGCGAUGUACAUACUGGUGAAUUAUGUGUUAUUGUCCCUGCUGUUUUUCGUUUGUCGCUGCUAAUUUCUUUAUUUUCUUUCUGGCUUGCAACUCCUGCUGUGUUCUUCGCGUUGUAGUUCACCAUUCUGACCAGUAGAGGGCAGAUUAGGACAAUGUUUAGGUUGUACAACAGUCAUCCUGAUAACUUUUCAACCGUCUCACAGUAGGGAUGUCGUUUUUGAAUUUAUUUAGUCAGGAUUAAAGCAACCCUUUAUUUUGUCUCGAUCUCCCCUUGCUAUGUGCCACAUGCUUUUCACAUUGUCGCAUGGAUUGUAGAUUACAGUGUUACUAGUGUAUUAACUAUUAUUUGACAUAAACAAAACAUCCCUGUUUUGGGUGUAAUUUACAUUGUCUGUUAGUUGAGAUGGUUGUGUUGAAAGUGCUGUGUUCUGUAUAUCUUUGUAGUUGUCAGGUUUGAAAUAUCAGUGGAAGUGUGUGUGGGAUGGUUGAGUACUGCAUAAGUACCCUUCACAAAAUGCCUGUGUCUAAACCACAUUCUGUGAAGAUGACUUCACCUUUCAUCAUUAGAACUCAGUGGGUCUUGUUACAUAAGGGUGUACAACUAAUAAUCUGGAUGUAGAAUUUGUUGGCUUCUUGGCAAGUAGUUAACAUUACAAUAUAUUAUAUUCUAGGUUAGUUUAUUUGAUAAAGGCAUUUCAUGCCCUUUUCUCGUGACUAUAAAUAGCUUUCUCUAGCUGUUGACGUCCACAGGAAAUGGAAUCCCUAUUGCUGGCUGUCCUAUUCCUGUGCAGGAAGCUACAUACUUAGUGCUCUCUUGUUAUGAUACAAAGGUUGUAUGCCUAGUACCGAUCUUUUGGAUAAUUUAUUGUUGCAUAAACCUGGAUUGUGUGUAUUUAUUUCCAUCAAGCAUGUUGCCGAAUAUGAACUUUAAUCUUGCAUGCAUAAUGGCAUAGCAAUAAAAAUAGCCUGCUUAUUCAGCCUAUGCUAUAGCUUGUGGCAUUUUGCAAUAUGAUUGUAAUUUGAGCUGAACAUGCAAAGAUUGCUGUACAAGCACAUCCAUAACAAGGUGACACACAGGACAAUUUAUUGGUAUUUAGCCUUCAUGUCUGCAUUGCGCGUAACUCUGUAGUUAGAAAUCUAUUCUAUGUAAACCAGAAGCCAAGCAGGCCUGUAUAUAUAGCCAAGCAUGCCUGUAUUUAUACAGGACAGCUGAGCAUGAGCCUUAGCCAAGGUACAUUCUCAAUCAGUGUUAGUAAGUAAUAUCUGUCCAUAAAAUGAGGAAGUAAUAUAUUGGUAGACAAUAUACACGAGGUCAGAUUCUGACUAAAAGUGAUCAAAAUUUUCUCCUUUAAAAUCCCAAUAGUGUGUUAUGGGUAAAACAAUAUCCAGCUCUCUCGUGACGGAUGACGAGGAUCCGAGAUCUUGCUUUUAUUUUAUUUGCGGUCAGGUUUUGAGAAAUUUAAAUACAAUGCAUUGUUUUUCUAAAAACAAAACAAAUGCUGUGAUUUUAAUAGGUGCUCCAUCCACAAAGGAAUAGACCCAAAGCAUUGAGUGUCAUCCUAAAUUCUUCAGUUUCUAAUGAGCAGCAGUUGGGAGGGCUGCUGUUCGGGAGAGGAUGGUUUGAGGCACAUAGUACAACUAAUUCUACAAGAUGCAUGGCAUGCAACCCACUGGCAAGCAGACUAAUGGGCAGCAGUGCCAGGCCAAAACGCCAGAACAUCCUGUUAAGCUUCAGCAUGCUUUUAAUGUUCUCAUGCCGUUUCGUAGUACAUAGUUCAUAUGGCCUUUCUUCCACUGUAGGUACUGUCUGCAAUGCCAUUUUAUAUUCUCCAAAUGUCCAUAAUGUGGGUAAUGAUCUGUCGCCAGAUCAACUCAUGCCCUGGUUGUGCUGUGUGCCAGGGAUGUGUCCAGUGCACUGACUUCACACCCCACCAUUCUCGCCAAAAGGAUGUCCCCAUCAUGUUUAGGUCUGGAACUAUAUAUGCUCCAUUUUCCAGGUAGUUAAUUGUACCUAUUGGUUACUUUGGAAAGUUGGAGGUCAUGAUUCGUAGGGGCCCAAUCUCAUUACUUGAAAGCGGGUCAAUUGUUAUGCACAGAGCUAAGAGUAGAUUAGGAUGCACAACGACACACGUUCCUAGCCAACAACCCCUCCAGAACUUCUCCUUUUGUAUAUAUUAUCCCGACGAAUGUCACCGGUCGGGCACCGGACCAAGUUUGUGCGUGCGUGUGGCUGGCCUGUGCGUGUGCGUGCCUGUUAGCGUGUCCCUGUGUUUACAUGGAGAGCAGACUGUGGGAUUUGCGCUGUAUGUAGGCCAGCAGUAUCCCUCUUACGUCAAAGGCAGGCGAGCAGGCAGGCAGGCAGGCAGGCAGGCAUGCAGGCAGGGCGGACAGAUGCCGGCUGAGCGUUUAGCGGUAGCCGGUGUUGCCGCGGGUAUGGAGGUGUGUCGGUGACCGUGGCACAUCUGGGUGGGCCAGAGUACCGCCGCCGCCGCCGCCGCUUCUGCUGCCACUGCCGCCGAACGCAGAGAGAGGCCGGACCGCCGAGAUGAAGGCUGUACUGGGGCUGCAUAGGAAGUGGGCCCACGCGGUCAAGACCAUCCGGAUCUUUCAGGGGCUCAACCCAGCCAUGGAGGAGACCGUAUGGGAGAUGUACACUGUCACCCUGCAGAGGGAUUCAAAGAUGGGCUUCGGCAUCGCCGUCUCCGGGGGACGGGACAACCCCAACGAGGACAGCGGGGAGACGUCCAUCGUGGUGUCGGACGUCCUGAAAGGAGGCCCCGGGGACGGCCUGUUGUUUGAGAAGGACCGAGUGGUUCAGGUGAACGCCAUCCCUAUGGACGGAGUGGUGCACUCCUUCGCUGUGCAGACCCUCAGAAAGUGUGGGAAAGUAGCAAAGAUCACGGUGAAGCGCCCCCGGACCAUCCCGGCCUCCUCCGCCAACCGCCCGCCCUCCCCCGACGACCGCGUGUUCCACAACGACUACAACGACGACUACAACUACGACCAAGACCGCCGCAGCGUCUACAGCGGGGGUCCGCGGGACCACAGCCCCGAGAAGGAGCGCGGCGGCGGCGGCGGCGGCGGCGGCGGCGGCGGCUACACGGACUCGGGCUACCAGACGCGGGAGCGCGACUACGACAACCACAAGGACUACGACCGCGGCGGCGGCGGCGAGCGCGGGCGCAGCGCGGACCGCGACCUCAGCCCCGCCCGGCCCUACCGCCGCGACGGCAGCAGGGGCCGCGUGCUGGAGCCCGAGCGCAGCCCCGACCGCCGCUACCGUAGCGACCACGCGCUGGAGCGGGAGUACAGCCCCGACCGCCGCUACCGCAGCGAGCGCACGCUGGACCGCGACCACAGCCCCGAGCGGCGCUACCCGGGCGACAGCCCCGGCCGGGGGUCCCGGGACCCCAGCUACGAGCGGAACCGGCCCCGGGCCCCCAGCGACCGUAGCGACCGGGACCGGGACUACCGCGAGCCCAUGAAGCGCGGCGGCAGCCGGGACCGCCUGGACCGCUCGCCCUCCCCCCCGCCCCCCGCCCUGAGCGUCCCCCUGCCCCGCCCCGCCUUCCGGGACCUGGAGCCCCUGGAGAAGCCCGUCAGCGUGCUGCUGCUCAAGAACCGGCCCAACGAAGAGUAUGGUCUGCGUCUGGGCAGCCAGCUCUUCAUCAAGGAGAUGACCAGCACCGGGCUCGCUAGCAAGGACGGGAACCUCAAAGAAGGAGACAUCAUUCUCAAGAUCAACGGCACGGUGACGGAGAACCUGUCACUUAGCGACGCGGGGAAGCUCAUCGAGAAGUCGCGCGGGAAGCUGCAGCUGGUGGUGCAGAGAGACAGAAGCCAGGUGCUGGUUCGAAUCCCAGCGAUGGCCGACAGCGACUCGGAGCUCGAUGACAUCUCUGAGAUUGAGUCCUACCACUCGUACUCCCCACAGGACGACCGGCCGACCCACCACUCAGAUCUCUCCUCUCACUCGUCCAAUGAGAGGCUCCGAGACAAGACCAGCGAGGACCCACCCAGCAGGCUGGCCAAGAUGGGCGCCAUGCCAACGCCAUUCCGGGCUCCUGAUAGGUCCGCGGAGGACCUGCCCCCUUUGGCACCUGACAGGGAGGAGCCCAGGUCUGAGACUCCCCCAGCGCCGGUUGCAAGGGUGAUUCCCAAGAUUCACGGUCUGCCAAAGUUGCCACUCAAGCCAAGCGCAGAGGACCAGGAAAUAUACGGGCCCAACACGGUGAUGGUGCGCUUCCAGAAGGGCGACAGCGUGGGUCUGCGGCUGGCGGGCGGUAACGAUGUGGGCAUCUUCAUCGCCGGCGUCCAGGAGGACAGCGCCGCAGAGAAGGAGGGGCUCCAGACCGGAGACCAGAUCAUGAAGGUGAACAACAUGGACUUCCGCGGCAUGGUGCGAGAGGACGCGGUGCUCUACCUCCUGGAGGUUCCCAAAGGGGAGGACGUCGCCAUCCUGGCCCAGAGCAAACCAGAAGUGUACAAGGACAUCCUGACGUCGGGCCGGGGCGACUCGUUCUUCAUCCGGACCCACUUUGAGUACGAGAAGGAGGCUCCGCAGAGCCUGGCCUUCUCCCGGGGCCAGAUCUUCAAGGUCACGGACACGCUGUACGACGGCAAGCUGGGCAACUGGCUGGCCAUCCGCACGGACAAGGAGAACCAGCUGCUGGAGAAGGGCGUCAUCCCCAACAAGAGCAGGGCGGAGCAGAUGUCCAACGUGCAAAACGCCCAGCGGGCCGCCGCCGGCACGGACCGGGGGGACUUCUGGAGGCUGAGGGGUCAAAGGGCGGCCAAGAAGAAGGACCUCCGCAAGAGCCGGGAGGACCUGAGCGCCGCGCCCGUCUCCACUCGCUUCCCCGCCUACGAGAGGGUGGUGCUACGAGAAGCUGGGUUCAGGAGGCCCGUGGUUCUGUUCGGACCCAUCGCUGACGCCGCCAACGACAAGCUGGGAAACGACCUGCCCAAUGAAUUUGUCGUCGCCAAGACUGAACCCAAGGACGCAGGCAGUGAGAAGUCUUCAGGCGUGGUCAGACUCAACACAAUUCGACAGCUCAUUGAACAGGACCUGCACGCCCUGCUGGACGUCACGCCCAAGGCGGUGGACACCCUGAACUACACCCAGUGGUACCCCAUCGUGGUGUUCCUCAACCCGGACAGCAAGCAGGGCGUCAAGGCCAUGCGCAACCGCCUGGUGCCCGGCUCCAACCGCAGCGCGCGCAAGCUGUACGAGCAGGCCGUCAAGCUGAGGAAGACCUGCUCCCACCUCUUCACCUCAACCAUCGACCUGAACUCUGCUAACGACGCGUGGUACGGCAGUGUGAAGGACUCCAUCCGGGAACAGCAGGAGAGAGCCGUCUGGGUGUGCGAGGGCAAGCUGGACGGUUCGGAGGAGGACCUGGACGUCCACGACGACCGCAUGUCCUACCUGUCGGUGAUGAGCGUGGACUACCUGAGCAUGGACAGCCGCAUGACCAGCGACUACGAGGACACCGCCGACGAGGGCGGAGCCUACACGGACAAUGAGCUGGACGAGACGCUGGAGCUGGAGCCCCAGCCCGUCUCCGCCAUCGGACGCUCCUCGGAGCCCGUUCUGCCCGACGAGAAGUCUCACCCUGAGCCCAGGGCUCGGAUGAGGAGGUCGGGCAGCCGGGAGGCUCUGACCCAAGACCCCAGCCCUCCCCCCUCCUUUGUCCCUGAGCCCCCCAAGCAGGUGCGCAUCCAGAGCCGCACCGAGUCGUCGCGCGGCUACGACUCCCACUCCAGCAGCACCCUGAGCAGCGAGGCCCCGGGGGCCGGCCGGCCCCUGCCCCCCCCCGUGGCCCUCAAGCCCACCUACGGGGCGCGGCCGGCCGAGGAGCCGGGGCGCGAGGAGGAGGACCCCGCCAGCCGCUCCUUCAUGGGGAAGAAAUACGGUGGACAGGUGAAGGCGUUCGAGAAGAUGGACCAUCUGGCCAGAGCCCAAAGGCUGCUGGAGCUGCAGGAGGCUGAGAACGCUCGGCUGGAGAUCGCCCAGAAGCACCCUGACAUCUACGCUGUGCCCAUGAAGCCACCGAAGCCCAACGCCAACCGACCUCAGCCCAUCGGCUCCAGCUCCAACCCGGAGCCCCAGUCGAGGGGGGGGCAGUACGACGAGGACGAGGAGGAGUACCGCCGGCAGCUGGCCGAGCAGACCAAGCGAGGGCACUACAACCCCCAGAAGUACAAGGACACGGAGCUGUAGGUCACAUGACCCCGCGGUCACAUGACGGCCUGCUGCAGCCAAUGACAUUGUCCAGUCCCCCCCCCCCCCCCCCCCCCCCCCGCCUCUCCCCCUCGCUCUCACGGACGCUUGCUUGUUUUUCUCGACACCGAAGCAAAGCAGACUCUGUCCGUUGCCUCGGUAACCGCACCACAACGGCCGUGUGUGUGUGUGUCCCUCGGUUUUAAAGGUUCAAAUCCCGACGUCGACUUUUUACAAAGCAAAGUUUUACGAUGUCAUUUUUAGUGUUGCGUGUCGAGUGUGAGGUUGUGCACAUGUGUAUGUGCGUGACAAGCUACACACAGACACAGACACACACACACAAAUAGCAUUAUAAAAUGAUAUAUUUUUAACACGUUUAUUUUGGUAGUUCAUCUUCUGCAUUGUAUUAUUUCUAAUUGUACCUUUAUUCCCCCCUUUCAUAAACUUUAUAUUGCAGUGUAUAUAUUCUUUAUACAGGUCUGUUCAUAGGUUUUUGUUACGUUAGGAUACAAAAUGUGUUUAUAUCGUGUACCUGCCAGGUGAAGUCCCAGUUGGGAUUCACUUGGUUCUCUGUAAUUGCUCCCAGGGUGUCUCUGCUUCACCAGUGGACACUUGUAACCAUAGUUUGAACCACUGGGAAACCCCCUAGAAGCUAAUUUGACCAGCAGACACAGAUCCACACCUACAGUGAACCAAGACUGCUGAAUAAGGCUGAGACCCCCAACGAAAAACCCAAGAACAAUUCCCUCUUUUCGCCCUUUGUUGUUUUAAUUAUAUUCAAUGUUCAAUAGAUAUUUUGUUUUCGUUAAACCGUCUUUUAGAUAGAAGUUGCGUGUAUGUCUCUCGUCAGAUUAGAAAGAAAAAAAAUCUGUUUUUUUGUUUUUAUAAAGAAAAGUGCCUUUCAGUGCUGACGUCAGCUCACCGAAAGUACUUUGACAGGAUGCCAGGCCGACCCAAUCAUGGAUGCACAAGAUCUGGAAGAAUUAAAGCAUCCGGGAGGUGAACGCAAAGACUAACAGAAAUGUUAUGUAUGUCAUGUUCUGUAUUCCUGUUAAACAGACAUCGGUCCGAUGCAAUGAUUUAUACAGCCAGUUAUAUCUAAAGAGGAUGCAGAGCUAGACUGGUUUCUGUGGUUAUUUGAGCACCUACUGGCUGAUCUACUGUUCCUUGUGUUUAGUCCCAUGUACCCUUCUCUUUAUUAUCUGCUUACAACUGGAGACAAUCACCUUUUUAUGCAUAUAUACAGUAUAUAUAUUAUAUAUAUGUGUGUAGCAGAGUACCAUCAACACUUUUUGUACAUGGGUAUUUUGGGGGGAGAUGUGACGACUAUCAUUGCAUUGGGCUCACAUGGGUUUAUUUUGUUAAUUAUUUUAUGAACGUGUACUCUGUCCCCCGACAGCUAAAGAAAAUUGAUUCUUGAUAUUGAUCUCAAAAUUCUGAAAUUCAAUAAAUUAACGUUAGAUUAUUUUUUGCAUUAAA